AUGACGACAACAACGCGGCAGAGCUGUCAGGACGACCUGGAUCAGCGGACAUGGAGAGACGUAGGUCCACAGAGAUGCACCAUGCUCUCUCUUACGUCAGCAAGGUCAAGACUCGCUUUGCGGAAGAGAAGCACAUAUAUGAUGCAUUUCUUGAAAUUCUUCGUAAGUCCAAAGAAGGCAACACGAACAAGGAUAUCUGCGAGCAAGUGUCGGAAUUGUUUGGGGAGCACAGCGAUCUUGUAG